AGCUGUGUACCUAUACUUAUCCAAUAUGGCUGCAAGUAAAAAAAUUGUAACGCUGUGAAAAAUUGCAACUCAAAUUGCAUUUUCUACUUGAUUAUUUGUCAGAAAAGUGCCAGGAAUGUGAAAUUGUGUAAGCGGAAGUGGAAAACCCCCGAAAAAACAAGUGCGCGCAAAGAAAUCUCAGCGAAAAAGUGAAAAACGCAAAAGUCGCCGGUGCCCCGCCAAAAAAAGGAAGACUCCCCCGCCCCUCAGAAAAAAAAAAACAUUUCUCUCUGGAAAUAAGAAAAAUAAACGAAGAAUGGAAGCCGACAUAACGCCCUUGGCAGAAACAAAUGGAGAGCAGCGCGAAAAUCCUCAAGAAAAUGCUCCGAACCCAGAGCAACAGCCAACGGAUUUAGCUAAAACCCUGGGUUCCGCUGAAGAUGGCGUCUCCGGGACAGUGGGACAGAUAAUAGAUUACCUCGAGGACAAUGCCGGUGCAAGUGCCGAUCAGGACGCUGAAAUGGGCGAGGCUGAGUAUCUGGAUGGGGAAGUGCCGCCGGACGAUGAAAGUAAAGGCGAGAAAGGCAAUGAAAACAAGGAAGCAGGCAAAAAAAAUGAUUUAGCAGAUACUGCAGUUGAAGAUGCAGCACCUAGAGAAAAAUCAGUUGAGGAAAAAGAAAAAAAUAUUGAUCAGGAGAAAGAAGCUGUUCACAUAGAUGAAAAGGAUGGUAGCGAAGACAAGCUAGAAGAUGAUGACGCAUCAGCCGAAAAGGAUGGUGAAGAGGGAGACCAAGAAGAUGAAGAAGAUGGAGCUGAGAAGACUGGAGAUGAAGAGGACGAAGCCAUUGAAGAUGGUGAUGAACCCAUGGAAGACGACGAGGAUCCCACCGAAGAGACCGAGGAAGUUGAGCAAGAGUUCGAAACCGCCACCGAUGCAGAAGGUGAACUAAUCACUGGCGAUGAACCCGGUGACCUAGGGGAACCCAUACGGGAGCGCAGAAAGGAAGAGCCCGUAGACGAGAACCAAUGCCGCGUCUGCACCAGCAAGGAAGAGCUAGUCUGUUUGUUUAAAAAGCAAAUCGAUGCCACGCCCGCGGACAUGCUGCUGGUCAUCUGUCCCAGUGUCUCGAUUUUGCCCAAGGACUUUAUGCCGCAGUUCAUAUGCACCAAGUGCAUGGGCAGCCUCACCAUUGCCAUACAGCUGAGGAAGCAGCUGGAGUCCACGGACCAGGAUCUACGCAAGCGCCUGUCCAGAAGCAAGAACAAAGUGCGGAGGCCUCGUGGCUAUGUGGUCAUCGAUGCACCCGUCACUGAUUCCAGCGAGGACGAAGAUGAACUUGACGAUGAAUUUAAGGUAUCCGAUGUGGCCGGAACCACAAGUCCAGAUAGCGAUUCUGGUGAUUCCGACGAUUCCGAUGAGAAGAGAAAAGAGAAAAAGAAACCCGGCCCACGUGGGCGUCCUCGAAAAACGCCGCUGAAGAGAGGCACGGAUAGUGAUGGUGAGCCUUCUAGUGCCCAGAAGAAGAAAUACCAGCCAUCGUCGGCAGCUUCCAUGGGUCCAUUCGAGUGCCCCAACUGCGACUUGACGUUCUCGCGCAAACAAUCUUAUGUGUUGCACCGAAAGACCCACGAAAGGAUAGAGCAUGCUUGUCCCAUUUGUGGCAAGAAGUUUAAGGUGGAAUGGGCCUACAAAACGCACAUGCAACGGCACGAACAAGAGCGAGCUCACUUCCGCUGCGAGCUUUGCCCCAAGAUAUUCCGCCUGCGAGCGGAAUUGAAACACCAUAUGGCCCAGCGGCAUGAUGAGCAUGGAUUCAUAUACGAGUGCAAGCGCUGCCAGCGAACCUUCCUUACCCAGCAGCGAUUGCAGCGUCAUCAGGCCAUCGGCUGUCAGCGGCACAAGGAGGAGGCAUCGGUUCGUGUCAAGGAGGAACAUCCGCGUUUUAAGCAGGAAUCGCGCUAUAAGGACGAUCGUCACUCCCAAGGGAACAAUGUGAGCAAACGUCGUCCCGGAGAAGGACGGGAUCUUUUUAAGGCGGUGGCCCCACCAACCACCACCUAUUGGAGCGAUAGCUUCUCGGACUAAAUGCAAAGGUGCGGCGGCUUACGUAUGGAUUUCCGUUUUCAUCAACGAUUUUAAGUUUUAUUAGCUGUAGGAAGAAUUCAGUGCAAAUAAAUCACAUUUGUAACAAAUACAAAAUAAAAUAAGCAGAAGUUCCAAAUACUUGUAAACUUCUCCAACUAAAUAUGUAAGUAAGCAUAAAAUGAAAUAAAAAGCUCGAUUAAAGGCAAA